GGCUGUCAUGGCAUGUGAUUUCUCAAUGAAUCCGUUUACAAUGGUCUUUAUCACUUUACUGGUUUUGGUCUUGCAAAGCUUGUCGACCUUUGGUGAUGAACAACUUUUAGUCCGUGACUAUUACAAGGAAACAUGCCCUAUGGUUGAAGAGAUUGUUAGGUAUAAUCUUCAGUUUGCCGUGCUUAAAAAUCCAAGAAUGGCCGCCUCUCUGCUUCGCUUGCAUUUUCAUGAUUGCUUCGUUAUGGGAUGCGAUGCAUCGGUUCUUCUAGACAGCUAUGGAGGCAUGGUCAGUGAAAAGCAGGCAGGGCCUAACGUGAACUCAUUGCAUGGAUUCGAAGUCAUUGAUAGGAUCAAGUAUCAAUUGGAAGAAGCAUGCCCUCUCGUAGUCUCAUGUGCUGAUAUCUUAGCCAUUGCUGCUCGUGAUGCUGUUGCAGUGAGAGGUGGCCCAGGUUGGGAGGUUUAUCUAGGCAGAAAGGACUCCCUCAAGGCAAGUUUUGAUGGUGCCAAUCAGUUUAUACCCGCACCAAAUUCCUCUCUGGAGACUCUCAUUGCCAAUUUUAAACAACAGGGUCUUGACAUAGGAGACUUGGUUGCUUUAUCAGGUAGCCACACAAUGGGAAAGGCAAGAUGCUUAAGUUUUAGGCAACAUAUACACGAUGAGAGUGCUGAAGAACAUUACGAUAAAUACAAGAGAUACACCCCCUUUCGAAGAAUCCUACGGUCCAUAUGUCCAAAAACAGGAAAAGACAAUCAAUUGGCUCCGCUUGAUUUUGAAACCCCGGCUAGAUUUGACAACCACUAUUUCCUCAACAUUCUUGAAGGAAGAGGCUUGCUGGGGUCCGAUAACGUGUUGGUGACGGAAGAUCAUGAGGGGGAGAUAAGAAAGCAAGUGUGGGCUUAUGCCGCUGAUCAAGAGCUUUUCUUUGCAUCGUUUGCCAAUUCUAUGAUAAAGAUGGGGAAUAUUAACGUACUUUAUGGGAAUGAAGGAGAGGUCAGGAAGAAUUGUAGGUUUGUCAACACCUAACAAGUUUCUCAUUCUGGACGAGUUAAAUUGUGGAUCUUGGUUACUUAAUUUAUGGACUAUUGGAUUACCUCUACUCUUCUGUGAUUUGAUUUGGAGAUGUUUAAUAUGAUUGUUGUUGCUCUAGAAUAGUUGAACAGCAGUUUUGAGCGAUAUCACAAUGAUGUGUAGAGAGAGAGAGAGAGAGAGGAAAUUUAAAUCCAAAAUGAUAGCUUUUACGUGCA